AGUAAUCCAACAUGGCGGCCACGUCGCUUCCCUGAAGAGUGCGAGUUUGAGCCGCGGAGAAGUUCAGAUAGUUCAGGUGGACUUCCGUCGCCGAGUGUACAUUCAAGCAGAUUAGCGCGAAGUAGACGACAGAGAGCGGCCUGUUGGAGAUGAAGGGGAAAGAGCGGUCGCCGGUGAAGAAACGCUCUCGGGCGCCAGACGACAGCAGGGACCGAGGAGCGAGCCACCCGGGCGGCAGGAAGACCCUGUCGACGGUCGGCAGCGCCAACGGCAACGGCUCUGCACAGAGCGCCGCUUCCUCCAGGAGAAGUCUACACGGCGAGAAGAGAGACGCGAGGGAUCCAGACGGACACAACUCCUCCGGUCGCACCGGCGGCAGCUACGACCACCGAGUGGUUCCGGGGAACAAGCCGCACGUUGCCGCUGACAUCGCCGCGGAAGCGUCGAGGUCCGCAGCCGCCGCCGCCGCCGCCUCGCGCAGCGACCCGCGGCCUCCGUCGAACCCCGAGAGUGAGUACAAGACCCUGAAGAUAAGCGAGCUGGGCUGCCAGCUGAACGACGAGGAGAUAGAGGACGGGCUGUUUCACGAGUUCAAGAAGUUCGGGGACGUGAGUGUUAAAAUCAGCCGAGAGAACGACGAGAGGGUGGCGUUCGUGAACUUCAGGAGGCCGGACGACGCGCGGGCCGCCAAACACGCCCGCGGCAAGCUGGUGCUGUACGACCGGCCCCUGAAGAUAGAGACCGUGUACACGAACAGACGGAGAAGCCGCUCCCCGGUUUCAAAAGACACGUUCCCCUCGGGGCACAGGCACCUCCACGCCCAGAGAGCCCUGUCUCCUACCGGUCUGGGGUACAGAGACUACCGGCUACAGCAGCUGGCUCUGGGCCGUCUCCCCGCUCCUCCUCCUCCGCCUCCUCUUCCUCCGCCACCUCACAUCAGAGAUCUGGAGAGAGAGAGAGACUUUUCCAUGUAUGAGGCCAGAAACCGGCCGACGUUCAUCCCCGAGUGCACCGUCUUCCGUGACGAGGACCCGAUAGCCCCCGAGGAGGACCAGAGAGCAAACAGGACUUUGUUUCUGGGCAAUCUGGACAUCAGUGUGACAGAGAGUGACCUGAGGAGGGCGUUCGACCGGUUCGGGGUGAUAACAGAGGUGGACAUUAAGCGGGCAGUGAGAGACCAGAGCAACACCUAUGGAUUCAUCAAGUUCGAGAAUCUGGACAUGGCCCAUCGCGCCAAAGUAGUGAUGUCAGGGAAAGUGGUGGGCCACCACCCGAUUAAAAUCGGCUAUGGUAAACCUACGCCCACGACCAGGCUGUGGGUGGGAGGACUCGGACCCUGGGUUCCUCUCGCCGCACUGGCCAAGGAGUUUGACCGUUUUGGCACCAUCAGGACUAUAGACUACAGGAAGGGUGAGGCUUGGGCUUACAUCCAGUACGAAAGUCUGGACGCUGCUCAGGCUGCGUGCACUCACAUGAGAGGCUUCCCUCUCGGCGGCCCCGACAGGAGACUCAGGGUGGACUUUGCCGACACAGAGCACCGCUACCAGCAGCCACAGUUCCUGCAGCUGCCCCUCCCCCUGCCGCACUAUGACCUCGUCCCCGAGCCCUUCUCCCACCGCCUUACUGACCCGGUGAGAUUGAGAGAGAGGUCCCCUCCACUUCCCGCCCGCUUCAGAGACAGAGAUCUGUUCUCGCCGGCGGAAUGGUCCGGGCUGGGUGUCCCCGACAGGAUGCGAGGAGCAGGCUUUGAUCCCAUAGAUUGUCUGGAGAGACGUCCACGUGAGACCUGGUCCAUAGAGCAGGAGCGGGAGUUGCAAAGCCGAGAUCUGAGCCGCAGAAGGAGACUCUUGGACGAUGGCUGGUGGCCGGAUCGUUCGCCCGACGGCUGCGAUUAUGGUCUGCGCCGGCAUGGCGGCUCACUAGAACGAAGCCCCGGGGAGAGCAGGGAUGGGGGACGCUACAGUGACCCCGAACGCCUGGCUCGCACAGGAAGACCCUCCCCUGUCAGAGAGCAGCAAAACAGUCUGGACAAGGGCUGUGGAGACAAAAGAAGGAGAACACUCAGCCCAACUGUGCCGGGCUCACUCUCAGAUAAGGACCACAAACGCAAAGCCAUUGACUCAGUUAAGAGCCCUGCAAAGAAGGACGAUCGCUCCGAACGUCCUUCGUCAAAGUCUAACCAGCAGUCCAAGGCGGCAGCUGGAGGAGGGAAGCUGAGUCAGGCCUGGCAGGGUGCCCUCCUGCUGAAGAACAGCAGCUUCCCCACAUCGCUGCACCUGCUGGACGGGGACAUGGCCGUGGCCUCCAGUCUUCUGGUGGACGGUUCCACGGGAGGUCAAGUGUCCCAGCUGAAGAUCAGCCAGCGCCUGCGCCUGGACCAGCCCAAGUUGGAUGAAGUAUCUCGUCGCAUCAAGGCCACGGGCUCCAGUGGAUACGCCAUCCUCCUGGCCGUGCCCGGAAAGGACGGCGAGGUCCAGGACGCCGGCAGCUCUGCAGAGAGGCCACUAAAGAACCUGGUCUCCUACCUGACGCAGAAGGACGCGGCGGGCAUAAUCAGCCUCCCUGUGGGGGGCGGCCGCGACAAGGACCACGCAGGAGUUCUUCACGCGUUCCCCCCAUGCAAGUUCUCACAGCAGUUCUUGGAUGCCUCUGCCAAAGCCUUUGCCAAAUCUGAGGAUGAGUACAUGGUGAUGAUCCUUCUCAGAGGAGCAGCAUCAUGAAAAAAAACAGGGAAAAGUGAUGGUAUCAAAGAACAUAAGAUGAAAUGACAGGGUUGUGAUUUUUAAGUUUCUGUAUCUCACCCUGUUGAAGGUUUAUAGAAAUGAAAGUCACGUUGAAUUGAACCGAUUUUGUUAAAUUGGUGGAUUUGAUUAAAUGAUACAGGUGAUAUGCCGCCUAUUGCUACUAUUAUUAUAUAUAAAUCUACAUUACUUGAAGGGCACUCUGCCUUAAGAGCAAGCUGCAGUUCUGUGAAUCAUUUCUAUAUGUUGCCUUAUAUCAUCCAGAAAGACACAACAUUCUUUUAUAUUAUUUAAUGCAUUGCCUGACCAUAAGAAAAAAUAAUUUAAGAUCCAAAACACAGCAUUUUAGCCUUCCUUUUAUUUUGUAUUCAGAUUACAUUUUUCAGUCUCAACAAGUUCGUAGUACGACCAUGUUUGUGCAGCUUUGAAAAUUUAAAUUUAAGGAAAAUGAUCUACAGAGUAAAAAUCUUAUAUCCUAAAUAGUUUCUAAUUCCAAGUUCUUAUUAUGAGAGCUUUGUCAGGAUUGGCAACUCCUGCUUAAAGCUGCCAACACUGUGGAAAAAUCUUUCAGUUCAACAGUUCAAAAACUGCUUUAUGAUAUUAGUCGUCCUGGUAUCUGGCCUCCACUGGCUAGUUAGUGACAGUACGAGGUGAAAUGCAUGCAGUUUUUCACAAAGAGUGGAAGGGUGUGGACACAAGCAGAACGAACCUGUACAUUGUAAUGCAGUUCAGUUCAGUACAGUCCUCUUUCUGACAAUCAUGUUUUUCUAAAGCUUGUUCAUUUUUUAAUUAUUUUUUUUAAUGACAGAGGGUAGAGCUUUCUGCUCCGUUUGGUUUAGACUUGUCAUAUUGGACUGCAUUAUAUUGUACAACAUAUACAUGUUACUUAGGACUUCAAUGAUUAUUUUCAAUAUCCAAAAGGCGUCACAUUUUCCACAAUUGAUUUGUUUGGUCUAUAAAUCGUGUGUUGUCUUCAAACUUAUGUAUUCAUUUAGUCCUAGUUUUCCUGUGAAAACUCUUUGUGAUUAACGUUAGUAGAAGAAAAACGACACAUUCACAAAAGAGCAACUUAAAAAAUGUUUUUACCUCAAACAAAGAAACCACCUUAAUUCAGAUGAUGCAUCUACUUAUCUAUUCAGCUCUUUUUUUAUCAUGAUUUGAAGAAACUUGCGUUAGUCUUAACAAAAUUACACAUCACAAUCUUCGCUACACGUUCCUUAUUUUUAAUGGUAUUAUAUUAAUACAGGGUUCAUUUGUCUUGUGUCCUCCCCUUUAUCGUAUUGGUAUAUUGGCAUAACAUUCAAUUUGGUUGAACAGUUAUUGAUUGAUUUUAAUUCUUGUUCUCUUAUGUUAAAAUCCACUAAUUACAAAUGCUACCCCAACAAAGCAUGUACUGUUAAAAAAAGAAGAAGAAGAUGUUGUAACCUAUAAAUGAAGAGUUCUAUGUAUAUGCCAUGCACAUUUCUAACAGCUGAUCAGUGGUCAAUAAGUGGAGUGGACUCACACCUCUGGAGGCAACAUGGGAGGGAGAGGAGGCCGCUCCGCGGUGGCCUUCAUCACUGAAAGGACUGUUCGUGAUUUGUUUUCCAUGCUUUGAUUUGAGAAAUGAUUUGUGCUGUAUACUCAGGAUAUCUGAAGAAAGAGAAAUGGAGAACAUCAAUGCUCAUGGGCCUAAGAAAUAUACCUAACUGUCAGAGAGAGAGAGAAAAAACCCAAAGUGCAACACGCACUUGAUAGAUUUUGUCUCAAUAAAUUUACUCUUUCGUGGGAAACA